AGGAAGGCGCGGUCCAGGCUGGCCAUCGGAGUAAGUGGCCCGCAGAGCUGCAGCGGGAGGCCAUCUCCUCUCCAGCCGUGGCCCAGGGUGCACGCUGGCCACUGUCAUGCCCUCCGCUUCUCCCACAGGGCCCUCAGCCAUGGCAGCCCCCAAUGCCACGGUGGCGGGGGUGAUGUGGGCCAACAACAGCAUGUCAGAAAUGUCCCUGUUCCACCGGUUUGCCCUGCUGGACGAGGAGCUGCAUGGCCUUCCGGGCCUGUGGCUGGUGCUGAUGGCAGUGCAUGGCGUCAUCUUCCUGGCGGGGCUGGUGCUCAACGGGCUGGCGCUGUACGUCUUCGGCUGCCGCACCCGGGCCAAGACGCCGUCGGUCACUUACACCAUCAACCUGGUGGUGACCGACCUGUUGGUGGGGCUGUCCCUGCCCACGCGCUUCGCUGUCUUCUACGGUGCCCGCGGCUGUCUGCGCUGCGCCCUCCCGCACGUCUUCAGCUACUUCCUCAACAUGCACUGCUCCAUCCUCUUCCUCACCUGCAUCUGCGUGGACCGCUACCUGGCCAUCGUGCAGCCCGAGGGCUCCCGCCGCUGGCGCCAGCCUGCCUGUGCCAGGGCCGUGUGCGCCUUCGUAUGGCUGGCUGCCAGCAUCGUGACCCUGUCCGUGCUGAGCGUGACGGCCACCGGCGGGCCCUGCUGCCGAGUCCUCGCGCUGACCGUCCUGGAAUUCCUGCUGCCGCUGCUGGUCAUCAGCAUGUUCACGGGCCGCAUCCUGUGCGCGCUGUCACGGCCGGGCCUGCUGCGCCAGGGCCGCCAGCGCCGCGUGCGGGCCAUGCAGCUGCUGCUCACCGUGCUUGUCAUCUUCCUCGUCUGCUUCACGCCCUUCCAUGCCCGCCAGGUGGCCGUGGAGCUGUGGCCCGACGUGCCGCCCCACACUAGCCUCGUGGCCUAUCACGUGGCCGUGACCCUCAGCAGCCUCAACAGCUGCAUGGACCCCAUCGUCUACUGCUUCGUCACCAGCAGCUUCCAGGCCACCGUCCGGGGCCUCUUCCGUGGGCGUGGAGUGGAGUGCGAGCCCAGCAGCUGUGACGUGGUCAGCAUGCACAGGAGCUCCAAGGGCUCAGGCCACCAUCACAUCCUCGGAGCCAGACCUCGAGCCCUCACGCAGACCCUGGCUAAUGGGCCUGAGGCUUAGUCAGCAGGACUCUGCAAGGGGGCCGUGGGCCAGGACUAAUCUGGGUGUACCAGGCCAGGGACGGCACAGACAUCUGCUCGACCCAGGUAGCAACUUGGGUCCACUUUGAUCAAUUGGUGAUGGCUGCCGGGUGCACUGCCUGGAGAUUGAUUAGCAAUGUCUGCCAAGGGCUCCAGAGAGUGCAUGGUGGCCUGAAUGCUGAUUACUUGACACCCCUAGGGUAUAUUGUGGCCAUUGAAAACUCAGAGGGGUAGCCAGGAGCUGCUUCUCACUUGGACCAUUCUAAUCCCAGAAGAGGUUCCUCAGAAACAGGGACAAAGGUUUGGUAGGCUCUGGGAAUUUCAAAGAGGGCUGAAAAGAUGACCUGAAGAGGCCCCCUCCCCACCCACCCCCACUCUCCCUCCCGACAGAGAAGAACAAGGACAGAAUGGAAACGUCAGGGGACACUGAUGUUACCUUAGCAGACAUGACGGGUUCACGUCUGCAGGAUCCCCUCUGGAGGCACCUGUGCAUCUCACAAGACGACAGCAUGACACCAUGGAGUGCUUUGCCGUAAGCGCAGUGGUAUCUGGGCUGACACUUCUACAAAGGAGAGGCUGUUUUUCGCCCAUUCACCACACAGGGAAGGUUGUUGGGGGUGCUGAGGGUCACGUACAGGUGCCACGGCUGGGCAACGACCAAGUCAGAAUAAAACCCAGCCCUACCUCCUCCAAUGCCUCCAUGCUUGCCCCAGGGAGACUGCUCAGCUCUUCCCAAAGCCCCCCAUUUCAGGAACCAUCUCAGAAUACCCUGCCUGCUUCCCCUGAAGGGCGCUAGGGCUCACAGCCCCAUCCUGUGGAUGAGAAACCAAGAAAAAAGACAUAGCAACUUGAACCCUGGCCUGCUGAUCCAAGGCCACUGGCUCCCCGCCUCCACAGAGCCCUGUGUUCUCCUGCUGGCCUGGCUCAUCACGCUUCCGGGCCUUUCCUGGGAAGGGAGCAUUUCUCUGGCUUGGGCCUCUGGUCACCUUCUCUGAGCUGGACUCAGAUUUCUUCUGUCGAUCUUCCAAGCCCCUGUGAGCCCUUUCUGGAUUGUUGUAAGAGGGGAGGGUGCCUGUUGCGCGAGAGGAGUGCUGGGCAUCCCGGGCACCUCCAGCCACCAGGCUCCACCCUCAUACGUGGCCAACGCCACUGAUGCAGGUGAGAUGGGAUCUGGGCCCAGUUUGCCCUUUGUCUACAGAGAAAAUUCCUACAUGCUCAGUGGCUCCAGGCAGAGUUCCCUGUCCCCCAAGUUCAGGGCCCUGGAGUGAGGCCUGGAUGAGACGCAGGAAAUCCAUUUAUAUCCUCAUAUUACAGAAGACAAAACUGAGGCUCAGAGAGGGAAGGGACCUUGCCAGGGUCACAGUGUGAGUACUGCAAGAACAGCACUGUCUGCAAACUACAGCUGGAGCCCCACGGGGUCAGCGUCUCUGGCCCCAGGACCUUGUGGGCUGGCCGGGCAGGGAUGCUGGAGCCCAAGGAAGUCCAAGCCUUGCUCAGAUGGUGGUGGAGCCGGGCCCCCAGCCCAGGGCUGCUUCCUGGGCCUGGAUGCUCAAGAAGCAGAGGGUGUGGCUGUCAGGAUCAGGACCACCACCCUUGGAGCCUCCUCCCACCUCCCAGCUCAGAGAAGGCUGUGGCUCACCAAGGACCCAGAGCUGCACAGGGCAGAGGAGGAGCCUGGCUCUCAGGAAAGGAGGGCAUGGAGCAACUGUGCCAAGAAGCCCAGAGCAACAGCAAUACCAAGCCCGGGGAGCAGCAAUAACGGUGGGUUUUCAGGCAGGAGCCUCCGGCAGAGCUCUGCCUCUCCCCAGCCUGCAAGCCGCCCCCCGGGGCCACCACGGAGCAGGGGAGGGAAGGUCAGUGUCAGGGGUUGGCCCCAGCCCAGGGUCAGCAGCCAGGCUCUCACUCUAAUUUAUUCUAAAGAGUGAGUGUCUGACACUAGCUGAUUGCUGUGCUUGGGGAUGGAGAGGUUGCAGUUUUUCUGAAAAUCUCUUCCUCCUCUCUAAGGAGGGGUGACAGCAUGGGGCUGGGCAAAUGUUGAUUGGGUCCCAGGUCUGCCUGGGUCUGCCUCAUACGCAUUGCAGCCUGAAUCCCCACCACUGAUGGAAGUAAGAGCCCAGCGGCCAGAACUGGGGUCCAGACCCAGGCUGCCCAAGCCCCCUCCCCUUGCCUACAGGUGAAAUCCCACUCUCCCACCUGGGUUUCUCUGGGACUGGGAGAGUCUUGGGGAUGAAGGACCCCACGAGAGCCUUCCACCACCCGAGCCUGGGAGGGGCAAGCUCACACCUCAGAAAGCCAAGUCUGAUGGCCCCCCUGCAGAACCCUCCCUGGGUGGGCCUAUUUCCCCCGCUCUCCACCCCACCCCCUCCUAUCCUUGGCCUUGCAGCUGGUGAGCAGGGAGCUGGAGGCAAGGGGUUCACCCCACAUGGCCCUGUCUGUGUCCCCAUACUCCUCCGACACCUGCUCCCUCCUCCUGACGGCUGCCCCUCCCACUCGGGCCUCCUCUAUCAGGGCACAGGCCCAGGAGGCUCCAGAGGCCGGACUGGGGCUGCCCCUGGUCCCACGGGGGCCAGGGUGUGAAGUCCCUGCACCUCCAUCUGCAGAGCCUCCCUUCCCAGAUUUUUGAAAACCCCGAGAGACGUAAGAUGGUGUGUAUAUUUAUAUCUGAUGUGAACAUUUUCCUUAACGAGG